AUGACUUCCUCGGAGUCGUCAGAGCCAACAAUCAUCGAUGGCAAAAAGUACAGGAGUGCCCAGGAAGGGCUGGCCUCGAUUCUCGCUGCAUAUGCUGAGGAGAAGCCAGCAUCAGGAAAACCAUCGACUGGGAAGAAAGGGCACAACAACGAUGAAGGAAAUCAAGCCGUCUUCUACAAUCCAAUCCAGCAGUUUAAUCGCGACUUGACGGUGCUUGCGAUUACAGUCUACGGCGAGGGUGCACAGCUGGAGAAGGAAGAACGGUUCCGGCAGAAAACCAACCACGGCAAAGGCAAGAAGCAGAAACGAAGGGAACCCUCCACGGCCAAAGUUGAUGAGACUGAAUCCGCUCGCAGCGAGCCAGAGCAGUCCAAUGCGCUCAAACGGAAAGCGAACAAACUAGACGAGGAAAAUUCGGAUCCGUUAACCAGCAAUGCCAGUAAGAGGCCGAAAUCAACGGCAGAACCUGAAGACGGGGAAGAUGACCCGAUGGUCAUGGAAUUAACUGCUGAUCCAGCUGCUGGACAGGAGCACGACGAGCAGCAGCAGCAGAGAGCCAACACCAACGGCGUGACGGAAGGCAACGGGCAAGGAGGUCCGAGUACAAUAGACCCGACCACCCCUACCAAGAAACAACUACCCUUUACCAUUCUUGAUGCCCUAUCUGCAACAGGUCUUCGAGCCUUGCGAUAUGCCAAGGAGAUACCGUUUGCCACGAACGUGGUAGCGAACGACAUCCUUCCCGAAUCGGUGCGGAAUAUCGAGCUCAACAUCCAGCACAACCAGAUCCAGGACAAAGUCCAUUCCAAUCUGGGGGAUGCCCGAGCCUUCAUGUACAGCAAAGUCGGAAACGAGAAGCGGGGACAGAGUCCGGAGUAUGUUCAUCGAUUUGACGUGAUCGACCUCGACCCGUACGGCACAGCUGCUCCAUUCUUAGACGCCGGGCUGCAAGCACUGCAAGAUGGAGGGAUGCUGUGCGUGACAUGCACGGAUGCCGGCGUCUUCGCAUCGGUCGGCUAUCCGGAGAAGACGUACGCUUUGUACGGAGGCAUGCCCAUCAAAGGGCCGCAUUCGCACGAGGGCGGCUUGCGGUUGAUCCUCAAUGCGGUGGCGCUGUCGGCAGCCAAGUACGGGCUGGCCAUCGAACCCCUCUUGUCUCUAUACAUCGAUUACUAUGCUCGACUGUUCAUCCGCGUGCACCGGAAACAGCAAGACGUCAAACUUCUGGCCGGGACCACGAUGACGGUGUAUAACUGCGGCCAUGGGUGCGGGGCCUGGACGACACAGCCUCUAUUACGGAGCCAGGCACAAGUGUCGAGAAACGGCGAGACGUUCUUCAAGUUUUCCUUUGCACAAGCACCUUCUACAACCCCGAACUGUGAGCAUUGCGGAUCCAAAACACACCUCUGCGGACCGAUGUGGGCGGGCCCUCUACAUAAUCCGUACUUUGUGCAGAGAAUGUUGAACAGAGUGCCAUCCCUGGACAAGACGGUGUAUGGGACGACCGAGCGGAUGCAAGGAAUGCUGACGCUGGCUUUGGAGGAAGAUCUCACCUUGUCGCCGCAAAACAGACCCGACGCCUCGACGACAACCUCAACCGCUUCUGCUUCUACUGCUUCUGCUGCAGCCCCCGAUCCCCGCAUUAUCCCGCGCCUUCCACCCACGACGAUUGACAACAGUCCCUUCUUCAUCAUGCCCACCCAGCUAGCCAAGGUCAUUCACUGCGCCACGCCCUCGGAAGACAUGAUGCGCGGGGCGCUCUUGGGGCUUGGAUACCGCGUUUCCCGAUCCCACUGUAAGCCCGGCAGCAUCAAGACGAAUGCUCCCUGGAGCGUGCUCUGGGAGAUCAUUCGCGAAUUCAUGCGGACAAAGGCACCGAUCAAAGAAGGCUCUGUGAAGCAUGGUUCCGCCGGCUACAACAUUCUCGCCCGCGUCAGAGGCACCGAGAGAGCCCAUGUUGCCGAGCUUAAAGAUACCGUCAAGGAUCAGCUUGUCAGGUGCGAUACCAAGGAUGACCUCAAGACUGUCUUGCAGGGUAUGUUGUGGAAACUGGAGAAUGAAAAGCCUGCGUCAUCGUCGGCGGCGCUGCAUGUCAGAGGAGAAGGAGAAGCAGAAGCAGAUGGCUCCGGUUCCAAGUUAUCUGCGCAGCCGCCUGCUAAUAACGGUGUUCACGGCGAAAUCGAAAUUGAAGGUGGAAGGAUAGACCAGGGCGAGGAGGGAGAGGGAGACAAAUCCAAAUCCAAACCUAUGCAAAAUGGAAGACCAAGAUCCCGCUCCCGCUCACCAAGUCCGUCAAAAGUCACCAACUUGAGCAAGCUCAACAUUGUCUUCGAUGAGAAACUGGGCCGGGAAAGACGACAGGGCAAACUGGUCCGAUAUCAGAUGAAUCCAAGGGAGAACUGGGGCCCCAUGAGCCGGGCUGGGCGAACUGGCUGA